AUGCGCAGUAACUACGAAGAAGUUUGUUCGAUCGGUGAUGGUGGUUUUGGCGUAGUUACAAAGAUGCGCAACAUUGCAACAGGCCAAAUAGUUGCUAUGAAGCGUAUGAAACAAAAAACACAAAGUUUUGCUGAAUGUUUAGAACUUAAAGAAGUAAAAUCGUUAAGAAAAAUCAAACACGAAAAUGUUGUAAAGCUUGUUGAAGUAUUCCGUGAAAAGAGUGACGGAACACUUUAUCUGGCUUUUGAACAUUGCGACGGAAAUUUAUACAAAUUGAUUUCUACACGCAAAUCACCAAUACCAGAACCAGUUAUCAGGAACAUCUUGUUCCAACUUUUGUCUGGUGUUGAUGCAAUUCACAAAGCUGGUUUCUUCCACAGAGAUCUUAAACCAGAAAACGUUUUAUUCGUUGGCGAUACACUCAAGAUCAUCGAUUUCGGUCUCGCUCGUGAAAUUAGGAGCAAACCGCCAUACACAAAUUACGUAGGAACAAGAUAUUAUCGCGCUCCAGAAAUUUUAUUACACCAUGACUUUUACAAUACGCCAGUUGACAUCUGGGCACUCGGAUGCAUCAUGGCUGAACUAUAUUUGCAGAAACCGUUAUUCCCAGGAACAUCAGAAACAGACGAGAUUUACAAAAUCUGUGCCGUGCUUGGCCCGCCAACAGAGCAGAACUUCCCAGAAGGAUACAAGCUUGCACAGAAGCUCGGAAUCCGCUUCCAAAAUACAACAGGAACAGGCUUAAACUCUUUACUUCCAGAUAUUUCCGCAGAGGGCUUAGAUUUGCUCAAGAAGAUGCUUACACUCGAUCCACAUAAGCGUCCUUCCGCUAAGCAAGCCCUCAAUCAUCCAUUUUUCCAAGGAAAACAGAGAACAAUAUCUCAAAUGGACAUUGAAACGCCAAGAUCUCCAUUGCAAUCACCACAUACUAAUGCAACACCACAAAAGGAGUUGCCACAUUCUGGCCAUGCAGUUAGGAAUUCUGGCAAUUUCUCAAGACUGGACUAUUCUAAGAAAGCUAUCGAUCAAUUACAGCCUAGCAGGCCAAUUGAUUAUGAUCAGUUCCAGCAAGAAGAAGAUGAUAUUUUUGACGGUAUAUAA